AUCAGGUGUGUUUUUUAAAUUAAAUUUCUUUUUAGAGAUACGCUAUUCCCGCUCCUAGCGAAGGAAAGGAAGUAAACGAAGAAGACCCAUAUGAAGUUGUUUAUAUUGACGACUUAGACAAACGAAAAGCUGCGUUUGGAAUAUGCUUCCAGUGUAAUGAACCUGGUACAGGAAACAAUUGGUGUAGACCUUGCAACGCUAAAAGAUUUAGGGAAGAAUUUAAAAAUUGGACAAGCGGAAAUAAGAUUAUUGAUGAAUUUAUACAAGAAUCACAACUUAAUGCAGUAUAUUACACACAAUUUCUUGAAUGGGUCCCUUUUGAUAAAUUUAAAGAUGUUACUUAUGUUGCCAGAGGAGGUUUUGGUAAAAUUUAUAGGGCCAUUUGGCAUGAAGGACACAUAUCAUUUUGGAAGCAUAAAGAACAAAAAUGGAUGAGACAAAGUAACAUUGUUGCAUUAAAAAGUUUGGAUGGUUCUUCUGAUAUAAGCAUUGAUUUUAUUAAUGAGAUCAGAUCUCAUCUACAGAUUAGUGUUGUUCAUGAUAUUAUUGAAUGCUAUGGAAUAACACAAGAUCCAGCUAGUAAAGAUUAUAUGAUGAUAUUAGAAUUUUGUGGUGACGGAAAUUUACGUAAUUACGUAGCUAAUUCUAAAGAGUAUAUACCUUACGAUGAAAAAACUUAUGAUUUAUACCAAAUUGUAAAAGGUCUUAAAAGUAUUCACGAUGCGGGGAAGGUUCAUAAAGAUUUUCAUUCAGGCAAUAUAUUAUGUGAAAAUGUAGGUACAUGUAUAGCUAUGUAUAUUAGUGAUUUGGGACUUUGUCGACCAGUAGCGGAACAAUUAGAAAGUGGAAAGAUUUAUGGAGUAUUGCCGUAUGUAGCUCCUGAAGUAUUACAUGGAAAGCAAUAUAGUCCAGCUGCGGAUAUUUAUUCGUUUGGCAUUGUGAUGAACGAAUUUUUAUCUGAGGAGUAUCCUUUUGGCAAUAUUCCUCAUAAUUACGCUCUUAUAAAGAAUAUUCUUAAUGGAACUAGACCGGAAAUAUCCGAACAUGUUCCGAAAUUCCUUGUAGAUGUUAUUAUGAAAUGUUGGAACGCUAAGGCUGAAGAUAGACCAACUGCCAAAGAAUUGGUUCAUGUAUUUGGAAAAUGGAUAGAUGAAAAAGAUGAUGAAAACAGUGAAAUUUAUUUUCAAAUUAAAAAAGGCGACGAAAAGUAUGAAGAAUGCAAAUCGAAAAAUAUAUCUAAAAAUACAUCAUCAAUAAAUGCAUUAAUAAAUAAAUCAGAUGACAAUAGUUUUAAAUUCACUCAAACGCAUCCACAAGCUAUAUAUACUAGUAGAAAUCUUGAUUUCGAGAUAUCAUCUGAUAUAGAGUUAAAAUUAGAUUGAUUGAAUAAUGUUGAUAAUUAAAAUAAUUUUUUAUACUCUAUUUUUGACGACGAAUAAUAAGAAUAAUACAAUGCCGAAGUUUUUUUUUAUAUCAUUAUUAUUUCAUUUUUACCGCUUUUUUUACAAUAUUAUUUAUAUUGGUUGGGUAUAACUGUAUGGAGAUCUGACUAUAACAAUGAAACUUAUAAUGUCGUAAUUUUUUGUAAAUAAAUUACCAUAUUUAUAUUUCUGUAAUUUCAUAUGAUAUUAAUAAUCA